AUUCAUCACCGUCUUCAAUAGCGUGACAAGAAAGCUAAAAUCGGGGCAGUCAUUAACGAAAACGCAUGACGUAGCUACGACAAUAAAUUCACCGUUAUGUGCCUGCUUUAAUCAUUUAGUCGAAGACGUCAAGGGUUAUACAUGUCAACGAACAAGGCACAAAAAGGACAUUAUGCCAUCUGCGUUGCGUGUUAUUUUCUGGAUUAGCCAGUUUGUCCUAAUUUUCGCGCAUGAACAUUUUUCAAAAUAUCAAGUGCGAACAUAUCCACAAACUUUAUAUGAAUGCAGCAAUAAGUCUGUGACCUUUGGAGAGGUCAGUCAUGAACAGGAAAAACAACAGAUUAUUUCCUAUUUGGACUGCUUCAAAGGCGACGCAAUCAAGACGUUACACCCUAACAUUACUCAGGAAAGGAUCAACCAAUUCAGUGAAGUGCUACGACGGAUGACAUCUGAUCACUGGCGAGUGAAGAGACAAUCGGGACGGGUCCGAAAUAGAAUGCGACGCGAAGUACGCGCGCUUAACCCGGCAGAAUGGCGUCAGGUCACGACCGGGUUUAAUAGAUUAUUUAGGAGUGGGGAACUCCGAACAAUUGUUGACUUCCACAACGAUGCUGCCAUUGGGGGCGCCCACGGUGGACCGGCUUUCCUCGGCUGGCACCGAAUAUUACUAAUAUGGAUCGAGUUUUACCUGUCGUUCCCGAUGCCUUACUGGGAUUCUUCUCUAGAUUUCCACAUUACAGAUCCCACACGAUCCAUUGUAUGGACGAGGUUUUACUUCGGUAACGGUCGUGGAACCGUACGGACUGGUCCCUUCCGCACAUUUACUGAGCCCAACGGAAACCGUAUAUCCAGAAAUAUUGGACGAUCUGGAACGUUGAUUGCACGAGAGAAUGUCGAGUCCAUCACGAGCAGAAGGAGUAACAGGGAACUGGUUUACACAGAUCAGGUAACAUGCGAGGGUUAUCACAACGGUCCACACGUGUGGUCGGGAGGCACUCUACUGAGCAUUGUAUCAGCGCCUUCCGAUCCUGUCUUUUGGUUCCAUCACAGCUUCGUCGAUAAACUGUGGCGAGAUGCCCAGAGGCGAAUGCGUAGACCUGAAGAAUAUCCUUUCCAAGCUGGUACGAACCCAUCCCAACGUCCAAGGCAGAAUAUGGUAAUGUUUCCGGUAGAUCCGCGUUUUCCGCUGCUGAAUCGGGAUGGUUACAUGAACUGGGUUGCUAGACGCGCUACAUAUCAGCGAUCACCUGGACAAGCGACACGGAGGUCACAGUGUAUAAAUCCAGCAUGGCGGAACCGUCAAGUGCUAAUCUGGGACAACCAAAGGCGGAUAUGUGUUACUGGCGAGGGCAAUCCCACAGACUUCAACACACCUCCUGAUCCACAAGAAAAUCUGAUGGCAUCAUCAGCGUUUAACGCUGGUUCUAAUUCAGAUCUCCACUUCCAGUCUCCACUUACAGAUCUGAGAACCAACGGAGAAACAUUGAACAACCAAGCAGCUAAUACUUUCAGUGCUGGAAAUAGUGUUGUUAGGAAUAGAAAUAGAGUCUUUAACAAUAUGUUUACUUCCGAGCUUGUCGAUGUAAGAACAGGUGCCCGACCAGCACCAGUUUUACCAAAUCGGCAAUCAUUGGCAUUACGGUUGGAAGGAAUUAUUGAACGACUGCGACGACAACGACAAGACAUGACAGUACAAGUACCCAGUAAUUCGCGCCCGUCUUCGUUUCAAAACCAAAUUGACUUUAUUCCCGGUACAGGCUUCAGUAAUGUAAUCCCACAACAACAGUUUGUUAAUUUUCAAUUUGUAUAAAGACAAGAGGUUUAUUCUACUGGACAGCAGGUUCCUUUUAUAGAAAUACAUUUUAAUUAAGCAGCUAUACCUUUUCUAUUCAUAUAACGUUGAACAAUAAAAUCCAUUCUAUAGUUA